AUGGGAGGAAACAAGAAAAGACAAAAGAAGCUGAAGAAUGUUCCACAAAUUCCUGGCAUUCAAGUCCCUACCUCUGUUGCUGACACUUCCUUGCUCAAGGACCUAACCCGAGGACAACAGUGCUACUUUUACAGCAUCAUGAGGAUUUAUGACUCCAGGCCUCAGUGGGAGGCCCUGCAGAGCCGCUAUAUUCAGAGCCUGGCACACCAGCAGCGGCUGGGCUAUAUCACCCAGCAGGAAGCCUUGGCUUGUGGUACUCUCCUUAUAGAGUCAACCAAGAAAGCCUCAGCCAAGGUAGCAAAGCAAUGGACCGUUUCCCAGAAGUCUUCAGCCAUGACAAGAAAAUGUCUGUCAGCAAGACCCAAGUCUGCAGUUGGUCCCAGGGCCCACAGUGCACGCCAUAGUGAUCAGCUUGGUCCCAAAGAUUCAGGUUCUAGUCUGUCCCAGUCACUUAGUAUUCUCCAGAAACUUACACUUACCAGUCUGACUGCCAAGAAGAUGAACACUUGGCCUUCACACAAAAUUCAUGUAGACAUCUUUCCCAAGCAACCAGACUCUCAGCAGAGCAAGAAAUAG